CAAACAAGCGGCUUUUGCGUGGCAGGCUUGUGGUCAAAUGCCAAUAAAAUCGGAUUUUCGGGAAACUUAAUGGUUUUUUCUUGUGUUUCAGACGAGUAAUUCGUGUUUUCCAUUAUCGGUGGAAAAUAAACAAUUUUCGGAACCUAAUAAGGUUGUCCACAUGAUGUCCUCAGCGCUGGACGUAGAUCCAACCUUUAAGCAUGCCCUGAAAUUGUUACACUCAUCCAAUACGGAGGCUGCUGAAAAAAUUCGAAACCUCUUGGAUGAAGUCAUCAAACAGCGCCACGGUGGGAGUAAAACGUUAGCCAGUACUCUAAGCAAGAAACAUCUGGCCGAGGAAUGUUCCGCACCUGGUAGCAAUUUGUACGUACGGAAACAGAAACCAGCUCCCGUGGUCAUCCUUCCACCGUCUGCGACACCACCUGUGACGGCCACAUCGGAUUCCAAACAAUCGCCGACCAAAAGUGAACCGGUUGUAGAAUGUGUCAUUCCGACGCCGGAAUCACUAACGGUUCCCCCGCCACCAGGUCCAAUCAUAUUAUCCAUCUCAGACGUUGAAGGCAACGAUGAAGACGAUGAUGUGGUCAUGGAAGAGGACCAGUUGAAGGAGUUAGAAGAUUUGAUGUGCAUUGUUUGUCGCCGGAUGGAUGUCAGCGCCAGGAAUCGCCUGGUUGAGUGCGCAGAUUGCCAUUCGUUGUAUCACCAGGAAUGCCACAAACCGGCUAUCUCGGAAGCCGAUGCCAACGACCAAGAAAAUGCUUGGUUCUGUACACUUUGCAGGAACAAAUCUGUCGCCAAAUCGUCCGCAUCGCCAGCAGUCAGCUCGCCGGCCAAACUAUCAUCGUCAUCUUCUUCGUCUCAUUCUAAAAGCUCAAGUAGUAAAUCGCACGAAUCAUCAUCUUCGAAGCACAAAAGCUCAAAAUCUAGCAAGGAAGGAUCAUCUUCACAUGAACGCAGCAGAGAAAGAGAUCGGGAUCGUGACCGAGAUAGGGAACGGGAUCGGGACAGAGACCGUGAACGCGACAGAGAACGUUCCGAUCGGUCCGAUAGAGAUCGCGAAAAGGAUAAGGAAAAAUCGUCCUCAAAAACAGGAAGUAGUUCCUCCACUUCGGGCACUUCGUCUGGAAGUAGCUCUAGCGGAAUCACACCUUCUGGUAGUAGCACAUCAUCGGGAGUAGGCACGCCGAAUAUCAACAUCAUCAGUGCGGAUAAGCGUCUACAAAUGAUGAAGAAGAAAGCAGCCAAACUUCACGAUAGUAAACGAAAACAUAAAUAACAGGUUUUUCAUAUUUUGCUCUGGAAUCGUUUCACAUAAUUACUUCAACAGCGUCUUGUGAAUUGUUGCUUUUAUACAAUAAAACACUGCAGUUAAGACACUCUAAAAAAAUUAAUGACACAGUCCGACAUCUCUCCCAUCUCUGUAACUCACCAAAUAAACCUGCUCUUAUUGUCGU